GGAGAGAAAAAAAACACGGAACUCUGAAAUCUCUGACUUCAGAGCGUUCAAGUAAACUGGGAAAUCUGGAGGAAAAAACGAGCUCCGACUGAGAUUUAUUUCCAUCUCGGAAUUCCAAGUCGGGAAAUCGUGCCUCUUUCUAGAGCUCCUACUUUCCGACAUGAAGAUAACUGACAUCAUGACAUGAUUUGACCUCGUUUUUUUUCUUUACCGAGUUCCCAGUUGUCGUGAACGCACCAUUAUAUACGUGCGAUUCAACCAGUUAGGAAGGAAGUCUGACAUUUCGGAAUGUUCUAGUUCCCACUAGCACGUGAUCGCGGCAUUUAAUGAAUAACUGCGCAGAGCAGGGACUUUUAUAAAUCACAUAUUUCUUUAACUAUCCUAACGCUGACCACAGACUGAAUAAUAACCCACUACAGCUUUGCCGAGGUCAGCAUCAUGACAGGCCAGAGAGUAUCCAUGAAGGAACCAGUAUGUCUGAUAGAGAACGACAAUGAUGGGAAGCUGCGUGUGGUCCGCAGUGCACUGGACAUCCUGGACCAGAUUGACCAGCAUGUGGUAGUGGUGUCGGUGGUCGGGCUGUACCGCACCGGCAAGUCCUACCUCAUGAACAAGCUGGCUGGAGAGAGGAAAGGUUUUGCCCUGGGAGCCACCAUCCAGUCCAAAACUAAGGGCAUCUGGAUGUGGUGUGUGCCUCACCCUGACAAAAGAGACCACACCCUGGUGCUGCUGGAUACAGAGGGGCUGGGGGACGUGGAGAAGGGUGAUGAGAAGAAUGACAACUGGAUCUUUUCCCUGGCUGUCCUGCUCAGCAGUACUCUGGUGUACAACAGCAUGGGAACCAUCGACAACAACGCCCUGGAGAAACUACACUAUGUGACAGAACUGACAGAGCACAUCAAGGUGAAGUCCAACCAGCGAGACGGGGAGGAAUCUUCAGAGUACCUGCGUUACUUUCCUUCCUUUGUGUGGACAGUCAGAGAUUUCACCCUGACCCUGGAGGUUGAUGGGAGACCCAUCACAGCCAAUGAGUACCUGGAGAACGCUCUUAAACUGAAAACAGGUCAAAGUGCAAAGGUUCAGCAGUACAACCUGCCUCGUAGUUGCCUGCGGAACUAUUUCUCUCCUCGCUGGUGCUUUGUGUUUGAGAGGCCAGCCAGCGGAGACAAAAUGAGACGUAUGGAGGAGCUGACCGACGCUGACCUGGAGCCUGCCUUUGUGGAGCAAGCCAAGGAGUUCUGUGACCACGUCUUCAAUGAGGCCAAGACCAAGACCCUGAAACAGGGCCUGAAAGUUACCGGCAGACUUCUGGGGAACCUGGCAGAGACAUAUGUGUCUGCCAUCCGGAGCGGGCAGAUCCCCUGCCUGGACAAUGCUGUGUUGGCGCUGGCCCAAAUUGAGAACUCCAGUGCCAUCGAGAGGGCCAGGGCCCACUACCAGAAGGGCAUGGCUGACUGGGUGGCCUACCCCACAGAGACCCAAGAGGAGCUGUCUGAAGUGCAUGCUGUCAUGGAGAAGGAGGCUGUGGCCAUAUUCAUCAACAACUCCUUCAAAGACGAGGACCAGAAGUACCAGUUGGAGCUCAUGAAAGUGCUUCAAGAGGAGUAUGAGAAGAUCUGUCAGAGGAACUACAAGGAGUCCCAGAAGUCAUGCGAGUCCAAAAUCGAAUGCAUCUUUGCCCCCCUGGAGGAGAAAAUAAGGGAUGGCUCCUACAUGACCCCUGGAGGAUACAAAGAGUACUGCAAUGACCUAAAACUGGCCACCAGCGAAUACAGAUCGGAGGGAGGCAGGGGAGUGAAGGGUGAAGAGGUACUGAAGGAGUACUUGGAAAGGAAGGCCAGCAUUGGUGAGGCCAUCCUGUCAGCAGACCAGUCUCUCACUGAAGCUGAGCAGAGAGCAGAAGCCGAGCAAGCAAGAAGGGAGGCAUCUGAGCGGGAGAAUCGAGCCAUGGAGGAGCAGCUGGUUGUCCAGGAGAGGUUGAGAGCGGACCAGCAGAGGACGUAUGAGGAGAAUGUGAACCAGCUGAUGGAGAGGAUGGAGAGAGACAGCAGAAAUGCCAUAGCAGAGCACGAUAGAGUUCUACAGGCCAGACUGAAGGAGCAGAGUGAUCUCCUCCAGCAAGGAUUUGAUGACAAAGCAAGCCAAAUGCAAAGAGAGAUAGAUGCCCUUAAGGAUGCGAAGGCACAAGAGGUAGAGAAUAGGCCAUCAUUCAUUAGCAAGGCUCUGGAUACUGUUGGGACUGCAGCUACAAUGUUCCUACCAGGAAUAUUCCCCAAAAUUGGAGGAAUAGCUUUGAAAUUAUUUUCAAAGUUGUUCUGAUGAAAGUUCUCAAGGAGAAUGAUAAACUAUCAAAUUAGUAUUAUUCUCAUAGACAAGUUUAAUCAUUUAUUGAUUCAAUCAGUAUUUAUUGAAGUUAAUGACUGACUUACUUUAGAUUAAGCACUUAAGUAAGGUUGUAUUUCUUUGGUGUUAUGUUAGUUUAGACUACAAUACAAAAAAAUUAAAGGAAAGCUUUAAUUAAGCUUAUUUUUUUUACUAUUACCUUCUAAUAUUGAAAGAUUGAUCAGUGCCUAAAUGAUCUACUUAUUGCACCAGACAUGCUUCCCUAGUUAUAGUUAUGCAUCCAUAGUUAUAAAUGAUGUGGUUAACUGUAUGGCUAAUAGGCAACAUUGACCUGUCAAAAGCUUUCGAUACUGUUGAUCACUCACUGCUAAUUUAGAGGCUUUCCUCAAUUGGCCUGCAUGUAACUGGUUUAAAAAUGACUUGACAGAUAGAACUCAAUGUGUAUCUACUGAUGGUGUUAAAUCAGGUUUCCUGGAUAUUAUGAAAGGUGUCUCGCAGGGGUCAAUUCUGGGUCCUGUACUUUUCACAUGAACAAUAUCAACUUGUCUGUUAAAUUGUAACCUGCACUUGGUAUGCCGAUGAUACUGUUGUGUGUGCUAUUGUCACCAUAUUAGCUAACAUCAUUGUCAACAUAGCUACUGGAACUAACGAGUUAGUAAACCCACUACACUGACACAGUAGUGUACAGCAAGCAGUAUAGCAAUUACACCGGCGGGCCCCAGUGGCAAUAAAAUAAGGAAACCGAAAGCUUACCUUGACUUGGAAGAGUUCCAGUGUUGGAUAGCCUUAGCCAGCUAGCUAGCAUAAAUAGAAUUCCUCUCUUUAUGAGCAGGGUGUUUGAGUAGGCUAAAUUAGCUAGCUCCAUUAGCUAGCUAAGAAAGUGAAAGUGAGAAAAAAAAUACAACAAAAUAUAGCUAGCUAGCUCUCUCUCUCUUUUGCUUCUCCUUAAUUUAGAAUAAAUUAAUCUGUUCAAAACUGUUCAACUAUUUUAUAUCUCUGAGUCAACUACUCACCAGUUUGUAUGCUAGCUAGCUGUAGCUUAUGCUUUCAGUACUAGAUGAAUUAUCUGAUCCUUUGAUUAGGUGGACAACAUGUCAGUUCAUGCUGCAAGAGCUCUGAUAGGUUGGAGACUGUCCUCCGGAAGUCAUCAUAAUUACUGUGUAAAAUCAUGUCAGGGGGUGAGAACCAUGAGCCUCCUAGCUUUUGUAUUGAAGUCAAUGUACAAAGAGGAGGAUGGAAAAUAGCUCUCCUUCGGCUACAACAUGGUGCUACCCCAGUGUGUUUUAAUCAGUUAUUUGGUGACAUGUUCAUAUAGUUAGUAUAGUUUUAAAUAAAACUGUUUAAAAUGUU